CGCGUGUUGCUGCGAUUGCUCCCGUUUUCAGUCAGUCAACCACAGUCCAGCAGUCAGUUGACGUCGAAUCGUUGCGUCAAGCGGAAGCCGGUUCUUAAGCGUCGCCGCUAUCGCGCUACCGCAAGUGUGUGUUUUGCCCGAGCUACCGAACGAAGGUGUUAAAUCAGUCACGUUCAGUUCGCCUAGCUCCAGACAACCGUCGCAGAAGUGUAAACAAAACGUGAGCACCCAGUUCUGUGUCUAAUUAAUUGCCAUUUAUCACUGAGAGUGAUUAUAAUUAAAAUAAAAUUUAUAACGCUGCUCUGCUCCCGUCGCCUACUGCGUCCGUCAGUCAGUCUCAGUCGGGGUGCGGUGGGUUACGACGCUAGUGGCGAAACAAGGCUAGAGCGCGCGAAGAUUGUUUUCUUAUUUUUAAUUAAGUCCGCGAUAACCGCACAUGGUCCCCGCAUACAGCGGAGAGAGGUGCCCGCGCUUCCUGCUAUCCUCACCCAACGCCCAGUGUCUUUGCGUGCGAGCAAGAGGAGUGAAGAUUUAGUUUUCAUGAAUGACACCACGUUGAACCAACCGGCGCAGAUUCCUCAACCCCGCAGGAGGAACAAGUGAAACAUGUUGUAAUUAUUCAAAUGUUUAACUAACUGGAGAACGACAGCAACGGGAACAGAGUGUGUGUUUAAGUGCGAAGCCGGGAAACGGUAGAAUGCGCCAAGUGUCAAGCCUCCAACAAGUUAGCGAAAAAAGCAAAUAACAAGUGCUAAAAUUUAUUAGUGUUUACUAGAGAGUGGUGGUAAGUUGAGAAGUCGUCGCUGAGAAAAAAAACCGAAUUCACUUUCGCGAGUUAUUUUAAUUAGAAAACGACUCGAAGUCAACAAAAAAAAGUUGCAUAGCACAUUGCACAUGCACAGAAAUCUACUCUAUAACGGUUGACAACGACGGAAAGGAAAUCCGAGAAGCUUGAAGUCAACCACUGCUGCUCCUGCAAUUCUGUGUGCGGUUUCUUGCCCCUCCCGCGCGCGCCUUUCCACAAAACCGUACCGUGGGUAAUUCGAUCAGAGAACCGACCGGGACAGAGACCGCAGCAAAGGUCCUCUUCGAUUACACAUUCACGUCGCAUACAUUCGUCAGUCAGAUCCCACGGUCGGCACCACCACGCGGAAGGAAUUUCGCAGCUUCGGCUUCGGCCGACCGGCCUUUGACGCUAGCCAACUGCAGCAGCAGCAGCAUCAUCAGCAGCAGCUCCACCACCAUCAGCAUCAGCAGCAGUUUCGCUACGUUGGUUACCAUCAUCAGCAUCAUCAUCAUCAUCAGCGGUACUAUCAGCAGCAGCACUUCGGCAAAAUAGUUGCCAACGGUCAGUUAUCCCAGAUGAUGACGAUGGACGUCACCAAGCCCGAGGCGCCGUCCGGCGCUGCCGGUCUCAGCAACAGUGGAAGUGUUUCCAGUAAUGGUGCCAACUCACAGCAAUCCCAGCAGAAUGGAACCGGCGGCCAGGUCAACCAGCAGCUGUGCGCAGGCUGCGGAAAACACAUUCAGGAUCGGUUUUUACUGCGGGCUCUGGAUCUGCUGUGGCAUGAGGACUGCUUGAAGUGCGGAUGUUGCGAUUGCCGGCUCGGCGAGGUCGGUUCCACACUGUACACCAAGGGUAAUCUGAUGCUGUGCAAGAGGGACUAUCUAAGUUUAAAAAAUUCCAGACUAUUCGGCAACACUGGCUUCUGUGCCGCGUGCAACAAGGUGAUACCGGCCUUCGAGAUGGUGAUGCGAGCCCGUAACAACGUGUACCAUCUCGAGUGUUUCGCCUGUCAGCAGUGUAACCAUCGGUUCUGCGUUGGCGACAAGUUCUACUUGUGCGAGAACAAAAUCCUCUGCGAGUACGACUAUGAGGAGCGGCUGGUCUUCGCCUCGAUGGCCAAUCAUCCGAUGCUGAAGCGUCAAAUCGGUCAGAGCGGAGGAGGAGGAGGAGGCGGAGCGACGGCCGGUGGAGGUGGUCUCCACCAGCAGCAAUCCGUGCCGGGUGGUCCCGGUCAUCAUCCGAUGCAGAACGGAAUCGGCGGAGCUCAGUCACCGAACCCGAACGCGCUAAUGUCGCAACUGGUGGCAGGCCAACGAACUGGCAACACUGCCGGUGCCGGGGGCGAUCACAACAACAACAGUAAUUUGGCAGGCGGUGCGUCCCCAUUCGGGACGCCCACGCACAUGAAGGCCGCUCUGAGCAGUGCUAGUUAAAUUAGUGUACAAUUCGAUGUUUAUUUUGUACUGUGCUGGUGAGAACAAUAAGCUGAAUUUAGACUCGCGAGAAUGGAACUGUCAAAUCGAGGCAUAGUAGGCCAGAAGCUCGAGACGUUGAAGGUUUUGUUUGCAGCGUUCAACAUUAUAGAAUAUAACAACAAAGAAAAAAACCAACACAACGAUGUGCAAUACUCUUUAAGUGUAUUCGUUUUGCAUUUUGUCUAACCCCCCGUCGGAUUAAGAGAAGCGUAAAUUGUGCCAAAACCAUUAUUGAAUCAGCAUCGGAGAACCCCCCGUUCGAGUCACGUUAUCAUGUCGCAUCGGGAGCCAUGAAUUUGUGCAGCGAUUUUUUUUUGUUUCAGUUUCAUGUUUUAUACACACAAACGAAAAAAGUAGGAGGAGUUCAUAAAUCAAAUUUACCCAAUUGGAUGACGGGUGUUUGUGAGUUUUUUUUUACCAUUUUAACCGUUAUAGAGUUUAACACUUAAUUUUACGCUGGCUAUUGAUUGGGAGGAAUAAAUUUAUUGAUGGUAACGAAUACUAGAACGGAGUGGGUGGUGAUUUUUUGUCCUGUACCAUACCCAAACAAUAAAAUAACAUUACUCUGGUGUAAACAAACGACUGUCCACUGAGACUCGAGAGACUUCAAGCUGGAACUGGUUUAGUUUUGCUUGUGUACAUUUUGAUCUGUAAAUACUAGGUGAUAUCGAAUAUUUGUUGAGUAUGAUAACUAGUUUCUCGUUUUAGUUGCUACAAAUAAACAAGAAAAAUAAAACCAUUCGCUAGUAAGUGAGAGAAGUAUUAGUUUUCUUUUUCGAUAUUUUUACCCCAAGUUGAUCACCCAACAGACUAUAAUGGAUGUUUUUUCAAUAAUUAAACACACACAGAGAUACAGAAUGCAUAACAUGAAUGUUCUGAAAAAUUAUAAAAAAGAAACUCAAAAUAAACAAAAAUUGGUAUUGAUAUAAUAGAUAACGCAUAACAAACUGGAGGCAAACCAAAGAAAACUGUACUAACUAUUAUUAAAAGUUAAGAAAAACUCAAUCUAAAUGGCAAUUAGACAAAUUAUUGAAAUAAAAAAACUGAAAACAUAAAA